GCAGCCCGGAACCAGAUCCCGGAGACUCAAGUUUCAGCCUCAGAGCCAGUUCAUCAGGAAGAGGUGAAGUUCCCCAACAGUCUGAAGAGCAUGAACAGAAGCACAGCUACUCUUUUUCUUUUGGCAUUGGCUUUUCUCAUCUGCGAAGGAGGUAACCCAUGUUGCUCAGAGCCAUGCCAGAACCGAGGCAUUUGCACAGCGCUCGGGUCAGAUGGUUACGAAUGUGACUGCACGCGUACAGGUUACUACGGGCAGAACUGCACAACACCGGAAUUCCUCACAUGGAUCAAAGUAUCCCUGAAGCCAACGCCCAGCACUGUCCACUACCUUCUCACUCACUUCAAGGGCUUCUGGAACAUCAUCAACAGCAUCUCGUUUCUCAGGGAUGCCAUCAUGAGAUACGUGCUGAUAUCUCGAUCCCACCUGAUUGACAGCCCUCCAACUUUCAAUGCGGAUUAUGGCUACAAAAGCUGGGAAGCCUACUCCAACCUCUCCUAUUACACGCGCGCCCUUCCCCCUGUGCCGCAGGAUUGCCCAACACCUAUGGGAGUAGUAGGUAAAAAGGAGCUGCCAGAUCCUAAGGUGUUGGCUGAGAAGCUCCUGAUGAGGAGAAAAUUCAUCCCCGACCCUCAGGGCACCAGUCUGAUGUUUGCAUUCUUCGCGCAGCACUUUACCCACCAGUUCUUCAAAACCGACUUCAAGAAAGGACCCGCUUUCACUCAAGCCAAAGGUCACGGGGUGGAUCUCAGCCACAUUUAUGGAGAUGACCUGGAGAGACAACACAAGCUCCGCCUGUUUAAGGAUGGCAAGCUUCGCUAUCAGAUUCGUGAUGGAGAGGUCUACCCCCCUACGGUGAAGGACGUAGACAUUGAAAUGCACUAUCCUCCCCACGUCCCUGAGUCGCACCGUUUUGCAGUGGGCCACGAGGCGUUCGGCCUGGUGCCUGGUCUGAUGAUGUACGCCACCAUCUGGCUGCGGGAACACAACCGGGUGUGUGACGUCUUAAAGGAGGUCCACCCUGACUGGGAUGAUGAGCGGCUCUUCCAGACCACACGCCUCAUUCUGAUUGGAGAGACCAUUAAGAUCGUGAUUGAGGACUACGUGCAGCACUUGAGCGGGUAUCACUUCAAGCUGAAGUUUGACCCCGAGCUGCUGUUCAACCAGAAAUUCCAGUAUCAGAACCGCAUUGCAUCCGAGUUUAACACCCUGUACCACUGGCACCCGCUGAUGCCUGACUCUUUCCGCAUUGAGGAGACGGAUUACAGCUACAAACAGUUUGUCUUUAACACCUCUGUUGUGACUGAGCACGGGAUCAACAACCUGGUGGAGUCCUUCACCAAGCAGAUAGCUGGACGGGUUGCUGGUGGUCGAAACGUCCCUGGAGCUAUCGUGUACGUGUCCAUCAAAUCCAUAGAGCACAGCAGGGAAAUGCGUUACCAGUCUCUAAACGCCUACAGGAAACGAUUCUCCAUGAAGCCCUACAGCUCUUUUGAAGACCUCACAGGAGAGAAAGAAAUGGCUGCCAUUCUGGAGGAGCUGUACGGACACGUAGACGCCGUGGAACUCUACCCGGGCCUGCUGGUGGAGAAACCCAGAACCAACGGCAUCUUUGGGGAGACCAUGGUGGAGAUGGGAGCUCCUUUCUCCCUCAAGGGCCUGAUGGGAAACCCCAUCUGCUCGCCAGAGUACUGGAAACCGAGCACCUUUGGUGGGAGUGUGGGUUUUGACAUAGUCAACACUGCCUCCCUGCAGAAGCUAGUCUGCAAUAACGUGCAAGGCCCCUGUCCCGUGGCGUCCUUUCACGUGCCUGACAUUAAUGAUACAGGUUCCACUGUGAUCAACUCGAGCACAUCCCAGUCCCAAAGAGGUGACAUCAACCCCACAGUCAUUCUGAAAGAAAGGACUGAGCUAUAACUUUUUAAAAUAAUAAUGUAUUUAUUUAUUUAUUUAUUUUAUUUAUUUUUCUAUUUAUAACAUAAUGGAAAAGUGCUAAUGUAAUUUUUAAUAAUAUUGGAUACUAUAUAUUUUUUGAUUAAUAAGACAAAAUAUGUUAGGUUUUUUAUUUAUUGAAAUAUUUUAUGUAUGUAUGUAUGUUUUAUGUUGGUACAGUAACUGGCAAUCUCAGUCGAUGCAGUGUUGUUAUUGUUAUUAUUGUUUUCUACGACACGAUACUUGAAAUUUAGUUUACAGAUUCAGCUAAAUAUAGAGUCUACUGGUUGUGCUGCCUUAAAAAAAAAUUGCUGCUCAUUUUCACGAUGUGUACAUGAAAUGACUGUCUGACUGUUAUAUAGUACAACUACACUACAGCAAUCUUCGAUUCCAACAUCAUUAACACAUUAAUACUCACAAUAAUCACAGUGCACAUGCUCAAAGUGGAUUCUUUCUUCAGUAUUGCUUUUGUUUUUCUACUUGUCGGCUGUGUCAUCAAUAUACAUGUCAACUGCACUUCUGUUCAGAACUUCAUUUUUGACCUACAGAGAAAUAUAUUGUAUGAUUGUGAUGAAACCAUUCCUUACUCUGCUGGAAAUGCCUGUUCUCAUGCAGGAAUAUUUUACUAAUAAAUGGGACGGACCAGGAACUGAUGCACGUUUUUUUCAAA